UAACAUUGUCAAUGGCGUUCACCCUCGAUACCUUUAUAGUCCGCAACAAGUUCAAUACUUCACAGUUUGCUGUUUUGAAUAGAAACCCUGCAAAGAUACGUUGUGUUUAUGAUUCGUUAGCGAUGUGAGGAAGCUCUGAUGAUUGACAAACUAAGAUGCGCAUUGCAACCGUCCAGUGGUUGUCAAAGGACAGGCCAGGUAUUUUGGGAGAGUAGUUAUUCAUCAGGGGGCCAAGAGAGCGAUUCAACGAAGCCGGCUUCGGAUUUCCGCCUGCCCGUAGUAGGUUUAUGGGAUCGGGCUGUUGAGUGCGGAUAGAUCGCCUCCUCCGCGACGGUAUACGAAGGCGGAAAAGUCCAAUUGCAAGCUUGAUAUACUUCUGAUAACGGAACUAUAAAGGCACGAUGACGAACGGCGCCAAACAGUGAUGCUGUGUCUAAUAGUUGCCAAGAAUGGAUGAAUUGGCUGGCGUCUUGACCUGGUUGAAGCCCAAUCCUGCCCACGAAUCCACGAAUGAUGGCCUCAAGUUUCGUGAGAGUCGUGACCAGAUGAUGGCUGUGCCCUCGUAUUCUGAGAAUCACACUAAGUUCCACCGUUGCAAGGGAUGCGAGCGCUUGUCUGAUGCUGAUUGGCAGCUCUCCCACUCGAAAAGAGCCGUUCCGUAUAGCUUCGAGCUUGAACAAGAGGAUCGACGCCAGACGGACGCCUUCAGAAGUUCAGAUGCUUUCAGGGUUCCCAACGUGGCUCUGGUCGAAAUGGGCAAUAAUGGAGAAUGUUGA